AAACACACCCACGCACUGACUGUCUCUCUCUCUCUGUAAAUCUCUGAAACUCUCCUUCUAUCGUACAAAUGACGAUUCUAUUUGAAAGCGCCAGCACCUCCGCUCUCUCCCUCAGAAUCUUACUGAUUUCCACCACCGUAAUCUCCGCCGCAGUGAUGCUAAAGAUCUCCGCUCCGGUUAUCACUGAUUUCGCAGUCAGCGACGUUCCAUCCAUCUGGAACGCCGUCGUUUCUUGGCUCCGUCCUCCGUAUCUCUACCUCGUCAUCAAUUGCAUCAUCAUCACCAUUGUCGCCUCCUCCAAGCUCCAGUCCAAGCUCGAUGACCACGUGUCAGCUCCUCCGCCUGAUACGCAUGUCCAAGCUCUGCCUCAGGUGCGAGAAAUUCAACCGCCUGCCACCGUGUUCUCCGAUCUAGUGCCGAGCUUCAGCGACGUCGUUUUGAAUAACCAGACCGCGAGUACAAGGCCGGAAGUUUUCUCCUAUGAAUUCAAGGUCGAAAGUGCACCGUACGGACGAGCAGAUUCUGUGACUCCACAGACGGAAUCGAUUUUCACAGUGACUUCAUCUGCGUUUCCGGAAGAAGAAGAAGCAAAGAAGGAGAAAGAAGAAGAAGAGUUUGUGAUCUCGAGAUCGUCGUGGACGCCUUUGACGAGGCAAGAGUCAUCGGAUUAUUCAGUUUCAACUGAGAAGCCACCGGCUUCUUCCAGAUUCAGUCACCGCAAAAACGCUAAAUCCACUCCUGACGGUGGGAAAGGCGCAUUGGCGGUGUCGAAGCCGAAACGGCAGGACACGCUGGAGAGCACGUGGAAGACGAUAACGGAAGGGCGUGCGAUGCCGUUGACGAGGCACUUGAGGAAGUCGGACACGUGGGAGACCCACGGCGGACGCAGCCAUUUGCGGCAGGAGAAAAUGGCAAAAUCUGAGACAUUCAAUGACCGCUCAACCGCCGCCGGCAAGUCGACGUCACCGAGUCCGUUGUCCGCCAGGUCAGCGAAACUCAGGAAGGAGCCGUCGCUGGGUCAGGACGAGCUGAACCGGCGAGUGGAGGCGUUCAUAAAGAAGUUCAACGAGGAAAUGAGGAUGCAGAGGCAGGAAUCGCUGAACCAAUACAAGGAGAUGAUUAACCGAAGGGUAUAUUAAUCCGGUGGUUUUUUUAAGAAUGCUAAAUCGUCAACGUUGUUGGUGAUGAUGCCCAGUUAGACUGGUUUUCUUGUAGAAAAUGCAGUCGAAAUUUUCUUCAACCAACCCUAGUUUACUGCUUCCUUUUUAUGUUCUUUACUUCUUUAUGUAUUAAUUACUUCUAUGUAAAAUGAAAACGACAAAUGGGAGAGGAAAAUAGUCAGCUAUAUAAAAAUGUUUUUUUUUGGGGUUUUAAUCCAUAACAA